AUGGAAACUGACGACGAUGAAACAGUAACCAACAAUUUUGAAAUCCAGGGCUCGAGUACCACGCAGAAUAAACGUACUAUUGAACCUGCUUCUACCAAAAAAUCAUCUAGCAAAAAGCAGAAGACCUCAACUAAUGAUGGGGAAUCACCUACUCUGAAGAGGCUUAUCAAGGAGUUAGCAACACCAAGUUCUGCAUCGAGUACCACUGAUACGCAACCCACAAUCGCAGACCGAGGCAAUCUUACUGAUUUAUAUGAUGCAAUCGUUACGGCUGAAGACAAAAAUAGAGCUACAAAUCAAGAGAUUAUUAUGCGGUAUUAUUCGUUUGGGGAAGAACUUGAAAAUAUGUUUGAUAGAUUCAUAGAGAACGUAAGGCUCAGAGAAUGCUCGUCAAAGAAGUUACAAAGCAACUCCCAAGCGAUCUAUCGAAAAAUACUAUCGAGAAAAGGAUAG